AUGGACACGACCAGCGCACGAAAGGCGAGAGUUCUCCGGGAUAUAGACGCCAACCUGCUUACCGUGUAUAAGCAGGUUGUAGCUAAAGUAGAUCUCUCCCAUCGGACGUCCCCGAGCCCACGACCGGUAUCGCCAUACAAGUCCAGCAGUCCGAAUGUCGGGAACAACGGAAUGUUGCGACCGAAAGCCAAGGUGAACUCGAGUGCGAAGAUCAACACGACGAACGGGGCGAGGCGGGUGUCUGGCACGAUGAGCGCGGUGAGCUCGCCGGUCGUGCGCACCCCGGCUUCGUCCUCGAUCCCCCGGCCGGCCUCGCCCGUCAAGUACUCGGCUCCGCCCGUCGGCCGCUCCCAGUCUGCGCACACCUCCUCCGCCAGCUACGGCGGCUCCUCCAGGCCCAGGGCCGCCCUCACCCAGAACGACGUCGCUUCCAGGCAGCGCGCCCUCACAAACACCUCCACCUCCUCCCUCUCAGCCACUUCCCACUCCUCCGCAUCCUCCUUGCAGCGCGGAGUCCGCGCCAGGACAAGCAGCGGCACGUUCACCGCUCCCCUGACGCCCGUCGCCAACAAUAUCCAUCUCUCGCCAGAUCCCGCCAUCCGCGUAAAGUCGAAAGUGUCCAACCUCGCAAAGGCACCCGGCCCCAUAAGCGCGCCCACAAGCCCACUCCAUGUAUCACGAACAAACUCAAACACCACAUCUGGAAAGUCAUCGCCGCCAUAUGCUACUACUGGACGCCCCGUGCGUAAAGUACGGAGUCCGCCCAUGCCUGAUUUCGGAGGACCGUCUUCUGUACCCUCAUCGCCGGUUCUUCCCACUUCUCCUCCACCAUCAAUACACGCAGCCGUCUCGCCUCCCAGCUCUGCACCCGCGGACCAACGACGGUCAUCGGGGCAACUGCGCCAUCCACCACCAUUAGAACGACGGCCGUUCCCGAGUUCACCUACACCAGCACCAGCACCUGCCUCACAGAGCCAGGCACGUACUGCAAAAGUGGACGUGUCUGCUCUUCCCCCCUUGCCGAACUCUCCGCCAGGCAGCACAGUCUCCUUUUCCUCUCACAGUUCCCGCUCGUCGCUAUCCCAAGUCGCCUACUCGUCCGCAUCAGAAGCAUCGUCCACUGCUCCAACCGUCUACUCGCACGUGAAUGCAGAGGCGAAGGCAACGAAACCGGAGGGGGAAGAGCGGUAUGGAGGGUUGCCGGACCAGCGGGGCGUAUUCGACGCUAUAGUCGGCCUAUUCGACCCUUCGUCGAGGCGAACGAGCGCUGCUACGACUGUGGAUCCGAACCGCGAAGGCUCCGUUUCGCCCUCGCCAUCAUCGUUGAUGCCCACCGCUCCAGGUAGCCAAAUCCGGGCUGCUGCCAAGUCCAAUCGCAAGAUCGAAGAUUUGGAAAUCACCAACCGUUCAUUGCUCGCAAUCAAUGCUUCAUUAGAAGGUCAGAAGCACAAGCAAGCAAAGGAGAUCCGCGAGCUACGGCGCAAGCUGCGCGAGUCGCGGUUAAUCCUCCCUCCACGCGCCUAUCGAGCACUGAAAUCCUCAGACGGUCCCGCACCCGCAGACGAGCCUACGGCAUCGUCAUCCGAGGAUGACGAAGAGAUGGAGCCAGACGUGCACGACGAGACGUACGAACGGGUCAAGGGCCUGCUGGAUCGUUUAUUGAAUGACGCAAAGGCGGCGCUUACGAGCACUCCCGACGAUCAUCGCGCUGCGAAAGUGCUCACGGCAGAGGAGCUGCGCGAUUGGCGAGACGACUCGUUUACGCAACCUGGCGACGUCAGUCUGGACCUCGGAGAUGUGAGCAUCGACGAUAGCGAGGCAGAUCCGACUGAAGGCGCGAAUACGGCCGGGCCGAAUAGCGAGGAUGAGGUCGAGGCGUCUCUACUGCUGAGCCAAUUGAGGUCGAGUAGAGGUCCGCUGCCGAGUGUCACUGUCACCAUGUCUUGA